AUGUCUGCAUUCACGUCUAGCUUGGGCCAGUCCAGCUUGGGACAGCAAAGUAACUUGGCUCUGCAGACCACCUCAGCCGCCACAGGACAGGAAUUGAUCAAUGACAUCACCAUCAACAACGGACCUGAAGACAGCAUAACCGACUUGGCUUUCUCGCCUCAACAAGACAUUCUUGCGGUUGCUAGUUGGGACAAGAAAGUGCGUCUCUACGAUAUUGACCCAAACACGGGAAAUAAUCAAGGCAGAGCGCUUUAUGAGCACGAUGGACCCGUAUUCAGUGCUAGAUGGUCUUCUGAUGGUACUAGAGUUUGCCUGGGAGGAGCAGACAAGCAGGUGAAGCUUUUCGACCUCGCCUCACAGCAGACACAGCAGAUCGGUGUGCACGAUGCACCAGUCAGAGUGGUUCGUAGUGUCUUGUGUGGUCCCACCAACACAGAGGUUGUUGUUUCGGGCUCGUGGGACAAGACUUUGAAGUACUGGGACAUGCGGUCACCACAGCCGAUCUCCGUGAUCCAGUUGCCGGAGCGGGUCUACUGCAUGGAUCUGUCCCAAAAGCUCUUGGUGGUGGGAUGUGCGGAAAGACAUGUGUGUGUGAUUGACUUGACCAACCCCCAACAGAUCUUCAAGCUGGUGAUGUCACCGUUGAAGUACCAGACCCGUUCCAUCGCGUGUUUCCCGCAAGGAAACGGAUAUGCCAUUGCAUCUAUUGAGGCGAGAUGUGCCAUCCAGUAUAUUGAUGAUGCCGAACAGCUGAAGUUGGGAUUCUCAUUUAGAUGCCACCGUAAGAACUCCAACGGUUCCCCAGCAAACUCGACUCGUACAACCACAGGAACUUCGGCCGAGACACAUCUUUAUCCUGUGAAUGCCAUCUCGUUCCACCCUAUUUACGGCACGUUCUCCACCGCCAGUACAGAUGGUACGUUCUGCUUCUGGGAUAAGGAUGCCAAGCAACGUUUGAAGAACUUCCCAUAUGUUGGAGCGCUGAUUACGGCUACGGCGUUCAAUAGAAACGGAACCAUCUAUGCAUAUGCCAGAUCUUACGAUUGGUCCCAGGGCUACCAGGCCAACAGACCGGACUAUCCUACUGAUGUGAAGUUGCAUCCACUGAAAGAUGAGGAGACCAAGCAGAAGAAGAAGACGACGCGAUAA